AUGGAAGCCCGGGUCAAACAAACCAAGAAAGUACUUCUCGAAGCCGGGAAAAAAGCACAGAAGACCAAGGACAAAGCAAAGGGCGAUUUUAAGAAGGACGACAUCAAAGAUGAAAACCAGGCAUUUCAACAAUGGGUCGCCAUGAAUUAUCCCCAACUCCCUGCUGUGUACCAAGAGUAUGAGGCGGCGGAUAGCGGUUAUAUCGGAGCUUUACAAGCUCAUAGUGUGAGUGAGGCAAUGGAGUGGCAGAAGGAGAAGAGGCGUGUGUACGAGGAGAGGACGCGUGGCGAUGACCAGUUUGAGAAGGUGUUUAUAAUCUUUCUUCCUGAGGAAUAA